AUGCCUAGGCUCUCUAUCGAUAACUUGCAGCAGCCGACAAAGCCCAUUCUGGUUACUGCAUGCAUCGCUCUGUUGUUGGCAUGUUGGCCGCGUGCUCUUCAUUACUUGUUCUCCACCAUUCAACUUGUUCUCACCACCAUUCUCUCAUUGGUCGUCUUCAACAUAUUUAUUCUCUUUGUCUAUGUCAAAUACUUCUUACCGCCAUCGAAGCAACCACACCAUGACUUUUUGCCAUUACGAUUCACGACGUCUACGGCAUGGGCAGCUCAUCAACAGCAACGAUCGCGUGAACAGCAACCAUGCUCUAUCUCGGUAGCACCUGAAUGGCCUCAAGUAUCCGAUGCAUUCGAUGAACUGAUCUCGUACAUUUUGCGUGAUUUUAUCGACUAUUGGUUUGCCUAUGUGGCAGGUCCUCAUGAACAAUCCUUCAAGUUGGCUAUUGAUCGGGUCAUACGCGAAGCGGUGCUUGCAUUAAAGCAACGAAUGAUGGAUGCUGAUCUAUUCAGCAUCCUUGUGAAUCGACUUGUUCCUAUCAUGACCCAACACAUUGCCGAGUUUCGUGCUGCAGAGAUAUCGUUGCGUGGCAAGUCUUUGGAACGAUCCGUCACUCAAUCAGAUGAAUUGGAUUUGCUAUUGGCGUCCCAAUUUCGUGGUGGGAGGUUGCAUCCUGCAUUGACAACAGCUGCAGUAACAACAACUCGGCCUACAGAAGUGGACCAUUUGCGUCAAAUGAUUCAAAAGAUACUCCCACUGGUUAUCAAUCACAAGGAUCUUGCAAGUGAUCAUGGCCCAGUCACCGUCAUUGUCCGUGAGCUUGUAUCAUGUGCCAUCCUGCAACCCGUUUUGGAUAUGGUCGCUGAUCCCGAUUACUGGAACCAAACUAUCGACAGCUAUCUUGGAAAAGCCAUUCGAGAACAGAAAAUGGUACGCAAGCUUCGUGAAGUAUUGAUACGCCAUUCGAACGAAUUGGAUGAGAUGGAUGAUGCCGAAUUGCCCACUGCACCACGAUCAGCACCCACAUCUGGAAGAAAAGCCAAUAGUCGACAUACAUUGAUGACGAUGGGUUCACUUUCAUCUGUACUCAGUGGUCAUGGUGGUGAUGAUGAUACUCAGCGUCAACGUGAAUUUGGGGGUGGAAUCAAAAUGGGACGCCGCACCUUUCAAGAAUUCUUGAGGAUGAUUGAGGAGGAAAAGAAUCUAUUGGAGCUGAAGCGUGUAAGGAAUGAUAUCGUUACUCAAUUACGAAAGAAGCGGGCACAAAUUUAUGAUCGAGAUCCUGAGGAGGUCAUUGAUGGCGAGAAGGUUGAGGAUAUCAUUGUGUACCUGAAUCGAUUAAGCGUUGCCAAAAAGCGUGUGGAUAAGCGGAUUGGUGUUCUUACGGGUGAACAUGUGGCAACGGAUUAUCAUUGGCAUAUGAGCGGCACUGCGGGAGGGAUUUCUCCAUUCUUUGGCAGCAGCAGAUCACGUGCAAAACACAACCAUGGAGAGGCACAUUUAUCACAACAACCUCUUGGAUACAGUUUACAUGACAUUCUCACCAACACAUCAGGCCUUUCCUAUUUCAUGGAAUUCAUGGAUCGUCGUGGUGAUAUGAUGAAGCUACAAUUCUGGUUGCUUGUCGAAGGUUUUAAGAAUUCCGAGUUGAUGGUGGUGGAGCAAGAUAGUACAACCGAACGUGUGGAUACGACUUUCUUUCAAGAUGUCAACAUGGUAUACAGCAUGUAUUUGGAAGACAAUGCACCGCAUGCGUUGGGAUUGCCAAAGGAACCCAUUGGAGCACUCUACCAGCAAAUCCAGCUUGCACAUGUAUGCAUCAAGGAUCAUGACUCGGACAACCUUCACAAUAUCAUCCAAGAUGUGCGACAGCAGCUUUAUCAGAUUCAGCAACAAGUCUUUGAUCAAUUGGAAAAGGAACAUUUUCCUUACUUUAAGCGAUCCGAUCUCUAUUUCAAGUACUUGGCAACCACACCCAAUUCGGGUCCUGAUACAGCCCCUGAGCGACGUAGUCUUGAUGAUUUAUACCAACGACCCAGCAUUUCUCAAAAAAGAGGCCAUGUGCAUCAAGUGAUUAGUGCAAGCAGCAGCUCUAGUAGUGCAAAGAGUAGCAACAACAACAAUGGCAGCAACAGCAAGAGCACGCUCAAACCUCGGCCUUUAGGACGUACAGCAUCAGCUAGUAUGACAAGGAAGAAACCUUGGGAUGUCAAUGCCGUGGGUGCUACUUCUUCUCCAAAAGCCGAUUCAGAUACCGAAGUGAGUGAAUCCACAAGCAAACGAAAGGCUGUAGUGAGCACUAGUACCAGCACACCUCAUAUCAAGAGCAGCACUCAUGUUCGCCCUUCAAGUCACGUGCGUAGUCCAUCUGAGACAGCAGCAGCCCAUGGCAACCUUGCACGCUUCCUGAAUCUCAGCAAAAUGAUGGGGAGUGCCAAUGAAUGGUGGCAGGCAACAAGCGAUUGGCAACUUUUGAAACCAAAGGAUACCGAUAGCACCAGUAAACGUGAUUCGAUCAGAUCAUUUGAAACGGAUGAAUUGGAUGAAGAUGACGAUGACGACGACGACGAUGAUAUCACCGACAAUGAACAACCCCCUAAACGACAGCCAUUAUUACGUAGCAACACCGUGGAAGCUGUGGAAGCUGAAUUACAAUCGAUUAUGGAUUGGGAGGAUGGAGCUACAGCAGCAGCAGCACCUGUAGAGGAUCACAAGAAUACAUUAUCAGUGCAACAACAAGAACCGCAAAAAGUAUUGAGUGCUCCACCUUCGCCAUCCAUGAGCAAACAUGCACUUCUCGGUACACAAGGGGCGAAAUCCACUACAGCUUUACCUGUACAAAGUGAUUCUAUGAUUGAAUCGAGGCGUGGAUCUGCCGUUGUUCAACCAGUGGAGCACGAUGCUUUAAAGGAGGAGGAUGAACCAUCAUCAUUGUCAUCACCUGGCAACAACAAGCGACGAGAACCAGUAUCAGAGCAACAGGAGCACCAGCAGAGCAAAAGCAAUGUACAUUUGGCACCACCAGGGGAUUUGAUGCUUGCUGCCAAAGUUGAAAAGUUGUCGGAGGAAAUGGAUCGAUUGAGACAACAAGAAGCUAUUGUGGAUGAAUUGAUUCGAAAGGCUGAGCGCGAGGAGAAUAGUAGCAGCAAAACGGAUCAUAUCGACACUCUUUUACGUAUCUUGAAGAAGAGCAAAAACAUGUUUCGGCGUGAAAUGCAGCAACUCAAGUACCAAAAGAGCCAAUAUGAAUUACAAGAAUCCGAAAAUGUGUUGAUGCCUGAACGAUCCAAAGUCAGUAUUACCAGCUCAACGAUUGGAUCGGAUCAAUAUGGAGAAUUUGCAUUGUACGUGAUUGAAAUCCAACAACUUGGAUACGAUGGCAAUUACGGCUCUGGAUGGAUUGUUGCACGACGUUACAGCGAGUUUUUUACGUUGCAUCAAAAGCUAAAAGAACGCUAUUCAGCUGUGAAAUUAUUGGAUUUUCCAUCAAAAUGGCCGUUGCUACGACUACAAAAAUCAUUUGUGGAAGCACGCCGCACCAACUUGGAGCGCUAUUUACGUCGAUUGCUGGAACAUAAGGAGAUUUGUCAAAGUCAGGAAUUGCGUGCCUUUUUAUCACAGCAAAAUGUCUUUGUGCCUGGACCCAAUCAUCGAGACGAUGAUGAUGGUGAUGAUGAUGGGCCAUCCUCUGAAAUGGGGUUCUUUACGUCUAUGCCAAAGCUUUCAGAUCGCAACAAGAGUACAACAAGUGCAAGCAGUAGCACGAUCAUCAGCAAUAUCGAACAUUUACAACGUUCUUCCAGCUCAUCUACAACCGCAUCCAACAAAAGUUUACAACCUGCAACAGCAGCAGCCCUUGUUGAUAAUACGACGCCAUCAUCACCACCAUCACUACCUUCUUCCUCUUCACCUCAUGCUCCACUCAACAACGACUUGCAACGCAAACAAUCCACUGGGUUUAUGAAGCACAUUUACAAAACAGUGGCCGAAGGCAUUGAUGACCUAGUGGUUGCACCUUCCAUGUUGGAUUUGAUUAUACAGCGUAUGGGUGAUCAAGUCAUGUAUCUCUUCCAAGAAAACCAUCCUGAUAUGGCAGCCUCUUCUUCAUCCACGCAGCAACAACAGGGCGAACCUGAUAAGGAUGUGGCAGCAGCAGCAGCAGCCAUGGUGGCAGAUUUGGAGGAUGAGCCUACAACAACAGCAGCAGGAUCAGCUAUUACUGCCCACUCAUCAUCUUCUGUGGCCUCUGAAGGGAUUACCAAGUUUACAGAACCCUUGUGCGACUUGUUUAUUGAAAUGUUUGAGCUCAAGGAAAAGAACAAUUGGUUACGACGUCAAGCUGUGGUGAUUAUCCUUCAACAGAUUUUGGGUGGUACUAUCGAAAGGAAAUUACGUGAGACCGUGCACUUUUUGGAGACGGAGCCCAUGAUUGUAUUUUAUCUCAAAAAGAUCACCAGCAGCUUAUGGCCUGAUGGAAAAACGCUCACCUUUAAAGCACCUCGACGACCCGAUGAGAAACAACACACCAAAGAAGAAGCGAAUCGCAAAUUAUCUGCAUGGUUACCAGAUUUGAUAGGGCAAAUGGUGGGACGACAGAAUGCGAGACGUGGAGCUAGGCGUUUAUUCAGUGUGUUACAAAACAAACGACUCAACCAAGACCUUGUAUAUACCCUCUUUGAUGAGAUCAUUGCUGCUCUUUUUCCAGAACUCGAUGGUCCUCCUCUUUCAUCCUCCUCCUCCUCUCCCUCAUGUAAAAAAUCUUACGACUAA